CCAUCACCACAGCAUAUGUCCCCUGUAAGCAGCCCUUUUGUGAUUCUGACACUUUCAGAUAGCGUCCAUCUCAGCCCCGUGCUACUCUCUAAGGCAGUAAUGUCCUCAACAUCCUCUUCAGCGUUGGAGAUGGAGAUCUUCCAGUACAUUGAUGUACAUCAAAGUGAUUUCAUCAAGGAUCUUAAGGAAUGGGUGGCUGUGGAAAGCGAUUCUGUUCAACCAAAUCUGAGGGAAGAAGUAAUACGAAUGAUGGCGUUGGCAGCAGACAGACUUGCAGCGCUGGGAGCCACUGUUAAUUUAGUAAACCUGGGGUCACAUCAGUUGCCUGAUGGCCAGGACCUCCCACUGCCUCCUGUGAUUCUUGGGGAACUGGAGAAGGAUCCACAAAACCCCACUGUAUGUUUCUAUGGUCACGUGGAUGUGCAGCCUGCCAAAAAGGAAGAUGGCUGGAAAACUGACCCUUACACACUGACUGAAAUCGAUGGAAAUCUCUAUGGGCGUGGAGCAACAGAUAAUAAAGGACCUGUCCUAGCUUGGAUAAAUGCAGUGGAAACAUUUAGAGCCUUGAAAUUGGCUAUGCCAGUGAACUUCAAGUUUGUAAUUGAAGGCAUGGAAGAAGCAGGGUCCUUGGGGCUAGAAAAGUUACUUGAAGAAGAAAAACAGUCCUUUUUCUCUGAUGUUGAUUAUAUUGUGAUUUCGGACAAUCUCUGGCUCAGCAACAAGAAGCCUGCCCUUACAUAUGGGAGUCGGGGAAAUGCCUGCUUCUUUGUGGAGGUUGAAUGUGGCGGCAAGGACCUUCACUCUGGAACUUUUGGAGGCAUCAUUCAUGAGCCGCUGACGGACCUGAUAGCUCUGCUGGACAGCCUUGUGGAUCCCACAGGUCGUAUUCAGAUCCCUGGAAUCUACGACAGCGUUGCUGCCCUGACGGAAGAGGAGAGGAAAUUAUAUGAAUCGAUUGAGUUUGAUCUAGAGGAACACAAAAAUAAUAGUGGCGUGGAAAAAUUCCUCUAUGGCACCAAGGAAGAAAUACUUCUACACCUGUGGCGUUACCCUUCUCUCUCUAUUCAUGGGAUUGAAGGAGCUUUUCAUGAACCAGGAAUUAAAACAGUCAUUCCGUCCAAAGUCAUUGGCAAAUUCUCAAUCCGUCAGGUCCCCCACAUGGACCUUUCGGUUGUGAAACAACAGGUGGUGGAGCACUUGGAGGGUGUCUUUUCCAAGAGGAACAGUCCAAACAAACUGAAAGUGUCUAUGCCUUUGGGUGCGAAGCCCUGGCUCGCUGAUGUUAAUGAUCCACUAUAUAAAGCAGCAAGAAGGGCAAUAAAAACAGUUUUUGGAGAAGAUCCAGAUUUUAUUCGGGACGGUUCAACAAUUCCUGUUGCCAGAAUGUUUCAGACUAUAACGCAGAGAAGUGUGAUAAUGCUUCCGAUCGGAGCAGCCGAUGAUGGGGAGCACUCCCAGAAUGAGAAAAUAAGCAGACACAACUACAUUGAAGGAACCAAAGUAUUUGCAGCCUUCUUCCUGGAGAUAUCAAAGCUACAUCGGCACUUACACGAAACUUCCAACGCGGAGACUAACAACUGAUGACCAUCACAGGAAAAUCAGCAAAGCACUUUUUUAGUCUUAAGCUUUCUAACUUCCUGAUCUGGAAAAACAUAUAAAUCACAUAUUCAGUGGGUCUGAAUUGGAAAAAAUAAAUGCCAUGCUAUUACUUGGCAUACUACUAAAUGGCAUGCAUUUGUGAUCCGGUCAAUUAAGUGAUCUUAUCCCUAAUGCUAUAAAAUAGGGUUAGGGAUAAUUCAUUCUUGCUGAGUAGAAUAUGUUACAUUUUAAUUUUAAAAUUCAGGGCAAAAGGGAAUUUUUACAUUUAUUUUAUUAAAAUUACUUUAUUUCUGUUUUGUAG